AUGCUAAAUCUUUCAGCGAUAUCCACGUCUGUCCGCGAUGCCCCCGAUUUUGUCGAACUUUGCCGUAUCUGGGGAUACGAGGCCGAAGAACAUAUAGUGCAAACGAAAGACGGCUACUUGCUGGGAAUCCACAGAUUACAGUGGCGUCGGGGAGAGGAGGGACUAAAGGUCAAUUGCGGAGUUGGGAGCACAAGGAAGCGAGUAAUCUAUCUACACCACGGGCUUCUCAUGAACUCGGAAGUUUGGGUGUGCCUGACAGACGAGCGGAGGUGUCUACCUUUCGAGCUGGUCGAGCGUGGAUUUGAUGUUUGGCUUGGAAACAACCGUGGAAACAAGUAUUCGAAGAAGUCAAUCCAUGCCUCACCGACGACGGUAAAAUUCUGGGACUUUUCCAUGGAUGAGUUUGCAUUUCACGACAUCCCUGAUACCAUAUCUUACAUCCUGGAAACCACGGAACAGAAGAGCCUCUCGUAUAUUGGUUUUUCGCAAGGCACUGCCCAGGCAUUCGCCACUCUGGCCAUUCACCCCUUGCUGAAUCACAAAGUCAACGUGUUUAUUGCUCUGGCGCCUGCCAUGGCACCCGCCGGCCUGUCCAAUGGUAUAGUAGAUGCUUUAGUCAAGGCCUCGCCCUCGGUUCUCUACCUGAUGUUUGGUAGACGGUCCAUCUUGAGUUCUGCCACAAUGUGGGAGACGUUGUUGUACCCACCCAUAUUCUGCCAUCUCAUUGACAGAGGGCUGGGGUUCCUGUUCAACUGGAAGACGAAGAACAUCUCGGCCAGCCAGAAACUAGCGGCAUACCCGCAUCUCUACUCCUUCACCAGCACGAAGAGUGUGGUGCAUUGGUUUCAGGUAAUCCGCAACAAAUGUUUCCAGAUGUACGACGACGACGUCCACCAGCCGAUGAAUGUUGCCACGUCGAGAAAGUAUUCCAAGGUAGCCAAGUAUCCGACUCGAAAUAUUCGCACGCCCGUUGUGCUGGUCUAUGGAGGCAGUGAUUCCCUCGUGGACAUCAAAACCAUGCUGCGAGAACUCCCUCCGCAGACCGUAGCCACCGAGAUCCCACACUACGAACAUCUAGACUUCUUGUGGGCCAGAGAUGUCGAUUCUCAGGUAUUCCAGCACGUAUUUGACGCUUUAGACAGCUUUACAGACGCGGAACACAGGGCAGAGGAAUACGAUCGGUACUACACGGUGAGAAAUGAAAGCUUGAUGGGGUCGGCGUUUUCUUUCUUGCAUCGGGGAAGUGAAAGCGAAGCAUCGACAACGGCUGCCGGAAGCGAGGGGUCGAAUGGACAGUCGCCUCAGCAUGUCGCCCGAGAAGCCUCAGAACUGACAGAGAAUACGUCAAGAAACCGUAUUAUUGGCCGCGCUGAUGGUGUUUGCGACAUGACUGACAAGCUAAAGGGGGUAGGUGUCAGGAGAGGGGGGACCAAGAGCGCCGCCAAUCCUUGGCAAGACAUCGGACUGCUAGACAAGACAAAAUGA